AUGGCGCCUGCAGCAACUCUUUCCGGCUCCACCGAGCCAGCCUCCGCGCCGGUGCCCACCAAGCAGCUCGCCGCCGCGGGCAUUGCCGCCAACACGGUCGAGCAGAACGAGGCGGUGCUGCGCGAGAUCCGAUGUCUUGCCGCCGACCUCGUCCAGCAGUUCAACGGCGGCCACCCGGGCACUGCCAUGGGAGCAGCUUCGAUCGGCAUGGCGCUCUGGGGUAGCGUGAUGCGCUUCAACCCGGCCGAUGGAACCUGGGCCGAUCGAGACCGUUUCGUGCUCUCGGCGGGUCAUGCGUGUCUGCUCCAGUACAUCUACCUCCAUCUCACCGGAUACAAGGCAUGGACCAUGGAUAUGCUCAAGCGAUACCACUCGACCGAUUUCGAGACCAGCCUCGCAGCGGGACAUCCCGAGAUCGACCCCGAGAACGGAAUCGAGGUCACCACGGGCCCUCUUGGCCAGGGCAUCGCCAAUGCCGUCGGUCUCGCCAUGGGGUCCAAGCACAUGGCCGCCCACUACAACAAGCCGGGCUUGGAGAUCGUGGCCAACACGGUGUGGUGCUUUACUGGGGAUGGAUGCAUCGCAGAGGGCGUGGGUGUAGAGGCGCUUUCGCUCGCAGGUCACCUCGGUCUCGACAAUUUGGUGCUUGUGUACGACUGCAACAAGAUCACCGUCGACGGCAACAUCGACAGCUAUGCCUCCGAAGACCACCCUGCCAAACUCAAGAGUAUGGGCUGGAACGUCCUCCAGGUCGAAAACGGAUCCACCGACGUCGUGGCCAUCGUCAAUGCGCUCGAGCAGGCCAAAAACCUGCGCAACGGCAAGCCGACGUGUGUGCAGAUCACGACGAUCAUCGGAUACGGAUCCAAGAAGCAGGACACCAACCCUGUUCAUGGAGCUGCACUGGGCGACGAGGAUGUCAAGCACGUCAAGCGCACGUUUGGCUACGCCGAGGAGCAAAAGUUCCACCUCUCCAAGCAGGCGUACGACACGUUUGCCAGCGCCAAGACCAAGGGCGACCAGCUGCAGGCGAGGUGGAAUGCUACGUUUGCAGAGUACACCAAGGCCUUCCCUGAGCUGGCGCGCCAAUUCCAACAGCGCAACACCCACGGCGAUUGCGACGAGCUCGUGGGUGGGCUGCCCAAGGAGUGGACGCAGAUGCUGCCGGCCAAGAGCGAGUUGCCGAGUGGCGCCAUGCCUACGCGCAAGGCUUCGGGCAUUGUAGUGCAGGCCUUGGCACCUCGCUUCCCGCAGUUCAUGGUGGGCAGCGCCGAUCUGCUCGAUUCGACCUUCGUCAGCUGGAAGGACAUGGUCGAGUUCCAGAGCCCGAACAAGCCGCAGCUCGGAGGCAGCUUCGCAGGGCGUCAGAUUCGAUACGGCAUUCGCGAACAUGCCAUGGCGGCGAUCGCCAACGGACUGGCAGGCUACUCGAGCCAUGGCUUUGUGCCCGUCAUCUCGACGUUCUUCAUGUUCUUCCUCUACGCCGCACCCGCCAUCCGCAUGUCGGCGCUGCAGAAGCUGAGGUUGAUCGGUAUUGCCACGCACGACUCGAUUGGAAUCGGAGAGGACGGUCCUACGCACCAGCCGGUCGGACUCGCGUCGUUCUUUAGGGCAGUGCCGAAUGUGCAGUUUAUGCGCCCCGCUGAUGCGGAGGAGGUCAUGGGCGCCUGGACCUUGGCGCUGAAAGCCAACAAGACGCCGUCGAUCUUGUCGCUCAGCAGGCACGCGCUGCCUCUGCUCCCCGGCUCGGACCGAGAGGCGGUGCGUCGUGGAGGUUACAUUGUGCACACGGCCGAGGCGGGUGCAGAUGCAACGCCGCUCACCCUCGUGGCCACGGGAAGCGAAGUUUCGGUGGCGAUCGAAGCGGCCAACAUCCUUGCAUCGGGCGAGCUUCAGCAGUCGUACACGGUCAAGGUAGUGUCCAUGCCGUGUAUGACGCUGUUCGACGCACAGCCUGCCGAGUACCGCCACUCGGUGAUCCCGCCUACGCAGCUCUCGGUCGCCGUGGAAGCAUGGGCUUCACUGCCUUGGCCAAGGUACACGGCUGCUUCGCUUUCCAUGCAUACCUUCGGCCACAGUGGCCCACAGCAACAGCUGUUCGAGAUGUUUGGAUUCCAUCCCACCAACAUCGCUGCCAAGAUCCACCAACACGCCCAAUCGCUCACGCGCGACGGCACGCUCGUGCUCCCGCGCAUCGGAGAGUUUGCCGAACUCCUCCUGGGCUACGCCAAAGGCCACUGA